CAAAACACUGGUGUAGAAGGAAAUAGUGAAAGAAGAAAGGGCAGGACUAGGAGUGGAAAUCAAAAUUCUGGGAAAUACACAGCUGGUAAUCAUAACUCUGAAUGUGAAUGGAAUGAACUCACCCAUGAAAUAGAAACAAAUAGCAGAGUUAAUUAGAAACCAAACCCUUAUCACAUGCUGUCUACUGUUGUGCUUGAAUUUUUCACCUUUUAAGAUUGUUAUAAUAUUGAACAAUGGCCGCCAAGGAAUUUACUUAUGAAAUUCCUAAAAUGAAACACUCAAGUCAGAAUGGAGUUUAUGGAGGUUUAAUCACAAUGGGAGUAGGGAAAAGGAGAGGGAGAGAAGGAGAGAGGAGAAAAGGGAAAAGGGGUUACUCAACCUCUGACCAAGGCAGAGGGAGUUUAGGCCUAAAGGCCAAGGUGGAAGGAAUUAGUCCUUGACUCACGUGACUUAUCUGAAGGGAAGCUGUCUGCGGGCCUCUUCUCUGUUCAAGCUUCUAACACGAACUGCCGUCUAGCUCUCUCCACAGGAAGUGCGCGAAUUCCAGAGGCUGUUCCCUACCUCAUUUCCUGUGCCUCACAAGUGCCAAUGGUGGCUCUAGCUUGGCUUAGGACAGCCCAGGUGGGCAGUUAGUUAUUUCUGAUUUGUCAUUGACUAGCACAUGCCCGUGUAGUGUGGGUGUGCACAAUUUUUGGGUGCUAGACCAAGAUGGAGACUUUUAAAAUUCACAAUGAAACACACAUGAGGAAGGUAGACAUGCACAGGGUAAAAGUAAGAGGAUGGAGCCAAAACUAUUGGGCAUCAAUUGAUAAAAAGAAGGCAGGAGUCACAAUCAUGAUAUCUGAAAAAGCCAAAGUAAAAAUAGAUAUAGUCAAAAGAGAUAGGGAAGGUAAUUACAUCCUGAUAAAAGGCAGUAUAGACAAUGAGGAAAUAUCAGUACUCAACAUGUAUGCACCAAAUGGCAUAGCAUUCAAAUUUUGAAAGGAGAAAUUAGUGGAGCUCAAGGAUGAAAUAGAUAGAAAAACUAUACUAGUGGGAGAUCUGAACCUUCCUCUAUCAGAACUAGAUAAAUCAAACCAAAAAAUAAAUAAGAAAGAGGUAAGAGAAGUGAAUGAAAUGAAUGAAAUCUUGGAAAAAUUAGAGUUAGUAGAUAAGUGGAGAAAAAUAAAUAGGGACAAGAAGGACUACACCUUCUUUUCAGCAGCACAUGGUACAUUCACAAAGACUGACCAAGCACUAGGGCAUAAAAACAUUGCAAAUAAGUGCAAAAGGGCAGAAAUAAUAAAUGCAACCUUCUGAGACCACAAUGCAAUGAAAAUAAUAAUUAGUAAGGGUACAUGGAGAGGCAAAUCAAAAAUUAAUUGGAAAUUAAACUAUACAAUUCUCCCAAAUCAGUUACUUAGAGAACAAAUCAUAGAAACAAUAAUUUCAUUGAAGAAAAUUGUAGCAGCCCAGCCCAUAGACGUUGUGGGGAAGCAAGGAAUGUGAGUGAGCACAUGGCCAUUAUGUGCAUGGCAAUGAACUUUAUUGCCAGCAUGGCUGAAGUUUAGGCGCGAAACCUUGCUUUCCUGUGUCCCACUCACCUGAGGAGUAAAACCCCACCUUCACCUUGUCAUAGGUUGUAUUAUCCAAUAGGGGUACCCCAGAUAACUCAUCCAUAUGUAUUGAGGUAUCAUAUAACUGUUCAAUAUGUAUUGAGCUGGCAUGACUAUAAAUAAACCAGCUCCUCUAAGCUCCGCCCACUGGUUCAGGAUUCCCGGGUCUGGCAAGUAGCAACUUCUCCCCUGUCCCUCUUCUCUAUCUUUCUUACUAAGGCCUGGUCCUUAGACCAGGCCUGCCUUACUAAGGCCUGGUCAUUAGUCCAGGCCUGCCUUACUUCCUCUCUUUCUCCUAAUGCUAUCUAGCAUUAUCUACCUCUUGUAGUUCCUAGUCUCCUUUCCAUCUGCACUAGCUUUAUCCUCUGACCGGUACGGUGUUAAAAGAGGAUCAUUGGGUGGUUUCAGCCUGAAUAUUCACACCCAGUGGUCGGAGCUUAGCUGUGGCUCAUACAAAUAAUAUCCGUCUACUGACUCGGUUACUCACAUCUCUAAAGUCGGCCCGUUCACGCCCUUCGCGGGUAAAAAUCUCUUCUCUAUCUCUAUCCUCUCAAAUUCUUCCCCCCAUUGCAGCCUCUUGCAGGCCGGGAGGUUGCAUUCUGGCGCCCAGACGUGCUUAAGGCCCACUCCUAGCACUCUCGUGGCAUUCUACCUUUAUUUCUCACAGCGGUUUGGGAGGGCGCGCCCCAACACGUGAAGGAAUUCUUCAGGCUCGCGUGAACGAAGCCAAAAGACGAUUCCCUUCAGGUCUGGAAAAAGGAAGAUAAUGGAGAGAUCUGGACUCCCAGUAAGCAUCUCAAACCGUGGAAGGGACCGCUUCCAGAUGCAAGGGGAGCAGAGGAACAGGCUCACCAGUCUAGCACCGCACCGGCUGCCCGAGACCAGGACGAGAAGCAGACGAGCAUCGCUGCUGUCUCCAGUCAGCUACCUGAUGGUCAAGCGCAGGGCACCGGGAUCGAAGGCAACACUGGUGAAUGCACGCACUCUGAACACUGACAUUACAUUUACUCUGAUGGCAUUCACUAUUUUGACUUUGCUGAACAUCUGUCAUGCUGAAGUCUACUGGUCCAUCGUGCCCAAACCUCCUAUUUUGAGAAUGUUAACUUGGAUGGACAAGCCCCCUCUGGUAUAUGUUAACAACACGGACUGGCUACCACACCCUAUUCUAGCCAAACGUGUUCCUCUAGAGUCUGAAGGGGCUCUGUACAAUUAUUCAGGAUCUACUGUGUAUCCUCCAUUUUGUAUGUCUUUUAGAAAUUCGUUUAUUGGUAAUUCUUUCUGUGUACCACGCAGACAUCAAGCGUGGAUUGUCAAAAACGCCACUGACAACAGUUAUGUAGGGGUUGGCAUGGGUGUGAUAGGAAUGGGAGAUGAGUUAGCACGUAAGACGUUCCAACCUAAACACCCUGCUAACAAGUACCUAUGUCCAAAUCAGAUAGGUACGGUACAAAAGGAGUUGCCAUGGACAGAUUGUUCUGUCCGAGUUCCCAGAAAGGUUAAGAUGCCGGCAACCACAGACUUUAACAUUUACAAUUGGGCACCCAGGUUACGUUGUGGUCGCUCUGAACAACUGACACGGUUAGACAAAUACACUGACUAUGAGAAAUGGCACAUGCCAUGUCAGAAUUUUCAGAAAAUUGAGGACUUACUAGAAGUAGACAUGGCUGGUUCUAGACUUGCUAUUGAAGCAGGUCCUAUACAGAACACACAGUGGAAGAUAGUGGCUGCCACGCAGCCGAUAUACAAGUUUAAGGUCAAGGUGAAGAACUCAGGACUUGAUCUUGAGUAUGACAGUCACAUCAAUGUCACAGCAUGUGUUUUUGCUCCUUAUGUAAUGCUAGUAGGUAACAACCUUCGAAUUUUUAAAAAUGACAAAGGUCUAUAUGAGAUCAACUGCACAAAAUGCCGACUACAUCAAUGUCUUAGUCCUAAACACCAAGAUUCAUAUGUUGCUAUCAUGUAUCAUCCACCUUUAAUGUGGGUACCUGUCAACUUGACAGAGACGUGGGCAUCUACGCCUACUGUGCACAUUGUUCAAAAGGCAUUUAACAUGGUUAUACAUAGGUCCAAGAGAAUGGUCUUUGCACUUGUAGGAGCCGUAGUCUCAGUAAUUGCCAUGAUCACAUCACUAACCACGGCAACAUUGGCAUUAACUUCCUCUAUCCAGAACCAUGAGUUCAUACAGGAAGUGGUGUCUAACUCUUCCAAAUUAUGGCACACUCAGCAGAGUAUUGACUUAGCUUACAGAGAUGAGCUGGACAGUUUAAAAGAUGCUGUGUUUUGGUUAGGUAAAGAGGUUGAAGCUUUACACACAAGGAUUACUUAUCCCUGUCAUUACAAUCAAACGGGUUAUUGUAUUACUCCGUUGCCAUAUGAUAAUGUGUCAUAUGAAUGGCAACUGGUCGUUCAGCACAUCAAGGGUGCUUGGGGAAGUCAUAACAGCACCUUGGACAUUAUUAAGUUGCAACAGCAGAUCAACAAAUUAGACCAAAUUGUAUAUGAGAAUGAAGCUGCAAAUAUAGCUGCAAAUUGGGAAGCAACUUUAUCUUCCCUAGAUCCCCAAAAUUGGUUUGGUAGAGCUAAUUUAACCAGCAUUGGUACUAUCAUUUUAUUCAUAUUAUUGGCUAUUGGUUUGAUUAUACUUUGCAGCAGAAGCUGUAAAAACAGAGCCUACAUUCGAGGCAUACUGCCAGAAUUGGCACGGUCUUAUCACACUAGGCAAUUGGUGCCUGAAAAUGUUGAAUUGAACACAACCGUUUUAUGAAAGACCAGAGUAUCAUGAUACUUUACAUUCCAAUCUUUGAUAUAUACUGAGAAGGUGAAGGCAUGUUUGCUAUGUCACACGUCUGUCCCUCCUGAAUUGUUCAGAGAGGAUGUUUUUUCUUUAAAGGAAUCUCUCCCACCACACAAUCCAAAAGAAAAGGGAGAGGAAUCUCAUAGAGAUCAGUAUUUCUAAGAAAUCUUACAGAGAUCAGUAUUUUGCUCUAAGAUCAGUAUUUAUAUUUUAGAGGACACUUUUUAAAGUCACUCUUGAUUGAUCAACCUUGAUUUUUUCUUUUGCACUAUUAAGGCCAGAACUUUAAGUAUAAAGAAGGUACUGUUAAUGCUCUGAUCCAGAAUUAUGAAGGUGCCAAGAUUUCUAGAAUUACAGUCACCUUACGGUCAGUAAGCAUGAGAACAUGACAGAAAUUGUUAAUUUUCAGUUGACCAUUCUGGAGAGUGAUGUCUGAUUGCAUGCAACGGGAAUCAUGAUGAAUACCAGACAGCCUAAGCCACGGUGAUGCAUUUUCCAUGUGAAAUGGAUGCUUGAGGUUGGGGAAUGCAGAGACAUAGUGCACUGACGCCCUCAGUCACUGGAGGUCCUGGCAUCGUCCUUCCAACCAGUUUCUUAGGUGGCAGGCAUCUGGCAGUGAGAGCGAAUAGAUCCCAAAGAUGCAGAAUCAGUUCAAGAGAAGGAAAGCAUUUAUCCUUCGGGUCCAGAGGAGGUCAAUUGUGCUAAUCAUGAUGAGAUCUGACAACUUCUCAUGGUUCUGACUGGUGAAGAGUGACGUAGUUAACUGAAGCACCUAUCUUGUCAGACGGAGAACUUCUACCUCAUGAAACCAGGAUCAGUGUUAUGGAAAUUAUUUUUCUCUUUGACAUUUUAUAUUUUAUAUAAUUAUUUUGUUAAGCACAUAGAUAGAAAAAAGGUUCACACUUGAUUUUUAUAUUUGAGUUUUAUAAUCGGGUUUGAUUUUCUCACUGUGAAUUGUUAUGAUUGUGCACCAGUGUGUUUAUAUUUAGCGUGUGUUGAGUUACAUUUUGAUAUUACUCUAUUCAUUUGUGUGUCAAACAAAAAGGGGGAGAUGUAGCAGCCCAGCCCAUAGACGUUGUGGGGAAGCAAGGAAUGUGAGUGAGCACAUGGCCAUUAUGUGCAUGGCAAUGAACUUUAUUGCCAGCAUGGCUGAAGUUUAGGCGCGAAACCUUGCUUUCCUGUGUCCCACUCACCUGAGGAGUAAAACCCCACCUUCACCUUGUCAUAGGUUGUAUUAUCCAAUAGGGGUACCCCAGAUAACUCAUCCAUAUGUAUUGAGGUAUCAUAUAACUGUUCAAUAUGUAUUGAGCUGGCAUGACUAUAAAUAAACCAGCUCCUCUAAGCUCCGCCCACUGGUUCAGGAUUCCCGGGUCUGGCAAGUAGCAACUUCUCCCCUGUCCCUCUUCUCUAUCUUUCUUACUAAGGCCUGGUCCUUAGACCAGGCCUGCCUUACUAAGGCCUGGUCAUUAGUCCAGGCCUGCCUUACUUCCUCUCUUUCUCCUAAUGCUAUCUAGCAUUAUCUACCUCUUGUAGUUCCUAGUCUCCUUUCCAUCUGCACUAGCUUUAUCCUCUGACCGGUACGGUGUUAAAAGAGGAUCAUUGGGUGGUUUCAGCCUGAAUAUUCACACCCAGUGGUCGGAGCUUAGCUGUGGCUCAUACAAAUAA